CUACUAUACUUUCAAAUGAUCGUAUGAUCAAAACUCAAAAGAAGCGUUUUCUUUCAUGAAGUCAUAUGAAUCAUGAUAUAUAUAACUACGAUUAUCAAGAGCAUUGAAUCUACAUCACUCUGAAUUUUCAAUUACGUGGUAAAUUCAACCAAGUUCACCUCUCAACGAUUGAAAAUUACAGACUUUAUCGCAUAUGGCGUAUGUUAGCAGCAUGGCGGCGAUCGACGGAAGAAGCGGCUACUGUAACUCGAACUCAACCUUCUACAGCAAGCGGAAACCGGCACCAUUACCGGCCAAUGAAACAUUAGAUGUAACUACCUUCAUCUCAGCGCGUGCGCACCACGGCACCAUUGCCUACAUCGACGCAUCCACUGGUCGUCGCCUUACAUUUUCCGAUGUAUGGAGAGCGGUGGAAUCCGUCUCGUCGUCACUCGCCGACUUCGGUAUCCGCAAAGGCGAUGUCGUUUUAUUACUUUCCCCUAACUCCAUUUUCUUCCCCAUUGUCUGCCUCUCCGUUAUGUCACUCGGCGCCAUUAUCACCACCACAAACCCUCUCAACACCAAUCGCGAAAUCAAUAAACAAAUCGCCAAUUCGAAACCAGUGCUUGCGUUCACGAUCUCCGAGCUCCUUCCGAAACUCGCCGAUUCGAAUCUUCCGAUUGUACUAAUCGGAUCUGGCACCGGAAAGGGGAAGAUUGUGAGUACGCUAGAGGAAAUGAUGAAGAAGGAGCCGAAUCAGAACAGAGUCAAGGAGCGAGUGACUCAGGACGAUACAGCUACUCUUUUGUACUCUUCUGGAACCACCGGAGAGAGUAAAGGCGUGAUUUCAUCUCACCGGAAUCUAAUAGCCAUGGUUCAAACAGUUCUCGGACGAUUUCAAUUGGAAGAUAAUCAACAAACAUUCCUCUGCACAGUUCCAAUGUUUCACAUAUACGGAUUGGUAGCUUUUGCAACGGGGCUGAUUGCGUCGGGAGCGACGGUGGUGGUUCUAUCGAAGUUCGAUAUCCACGAGAUGUUGUCCGCCAUAGGUACGUACAAAGUCAGCUACCUCCCACUCGUGCCGCCGAUACUAGUUGCCCUCGUCAACAACGCCGAUCAAAUUAGAAAAAAGUACGAUUUCGGAAGCUUGAAGUGGGUGUUAUGUGGAGGUGCGCCGUUGAGUAAAGAAUUGACAGAAGGGUUCAUGGAGAAGUACCCUGGAGUUACGAUAAUGCAAGGGUACGGGUUGACGGAAUCUACCGGAAUAGGGGCGUCAACCGAUACGUUGGAGGAGAGCCGGAGGUACGGGACGGCGGGGAAGUUAUCGGCGAAUAUGGAGGCAAAAAUUGUUGAUCCCGAUACCGGAAAAGCGUUGCCGGUUAAUCGGACGGGAGAACUCUGGCUUAAAGGUCCCACAGUUAUGAAAGGUUACUUUAGUAAUCCAGAAGCAACUUCCUCAACUCUAGACUCAACCGGAUGGCUAAGAACCGGAGACCUUUGCUACAUUGAUGAAGAUGGCUUCAUCUUUGUGGUUGAUAGAUUAAAAGAACUUAUCAAAUACAAGGGCUAUCAGGUUCCACCAGCAGAACUCGAAGCUUUGUUACUAACUCACCCAGACAUCGACGAUUGUGCUGUCAUCCCGUUUCCUGAUAAGGACGUUGGGCAGUUUCCAAUGGCAUAUGUGAUGAGGAAAAGUGGAAGUAAUUUAUCGGAAAAGGGUAUUAUGGACUUUGUUUCUACACAAGUUGCUCCAUAUAAGCGAAUUAGGAGAGUAGCAUUUAUCGGGUCCAUCCCAAAGAACCCGUCAGGGAAGAUACUGAGGAAAGAUCUUAUACAACUUGCAACCUCCAAACUGUAAUAAUAAAAAAGAAAAGAUUUGGUGAAGAUAAUCUUAAUUUUGAGAAGGAAUUUUUUGUCUUGUUUUGAAUUUAUAGUAUAAUUUAGAAAGGAAAAAUAUAUGUGAUACCGUUUUUUAGUCUAUGU